AAGAACCACCUCCUUACUAAGUUCGGGCUAUAUAUAUUUUCCCACAUUAAUUGUCACUCACCAGAAACAUCAACCAUGCUCUUCUCCUGCCCAUUCUUCACAAAUUCUAUGGCUAGCAUAUUCACCAUUUUCAUGUUCAUAUUCUUUCUAAUAUGGAUAUCAAGAAGAGUUCAAAGAAUUGCCACUAAACAAAGAUCAGUUCUACCUGAAGCUGGUGGGGCUUGGCCUUUGAUUGGCCACCUCCACCAGUUAGGAAGGUCACAACCGCCUCAUAUAGCCUUGGGUAACAUGGCUGAAAAGUAUGGACCAAUCUUCACAAUUUGGUUGGGUGUGCAUCGAACAAUAAUAGUAAGCAGUUGGGAGAUAGCCAAAGAGUGUUUUACUACCAAUGACAAAGCCUUUGCCAACCGUCCUAAAGGUUUAGCUCUAGAAAUCUUGGGCUACAACUAUGCUAUGAUUGGGUUCAGCCCUUAUGGUCCCUUCUGGCGCCAAGUGAGAAAAUUGGUCACGCUAGAGGUCCUCUCAAACCACCGCCUGGAAACACUCAAACACAUUCGAGAGGCUGAGGUAAAUGAUUCUAUAAAAGAGAUACAUAAGCUAUUGGUCAAGAACAACAAGGUGUUAUUGGAGAUGGAGAGAUGGCUAGGGUGCACAGCCCUAAACAUAAUAUGUAGGAUGGUUGUAGGACAACGAUUUGGUAAGGUUACAACCAAGGCUGAGAAUGAUAAAAAUGAUCAGUGUCGAAAGGCAUUGAGAAAGUUUAUGGAUUUGAGUGGAGAGUUUGUGGUCUCAGAUGCACUUCCAUAUCUAAGGUGGUUGGACGUGGGGGGAAGCGAGAAAGCCAUGAAGAAAACUGCAAAAGAAUUGGAUGAUGUGACUAAAGAAUGGCUAGAGGAGCAUAAGCAGAGGAAAAUUUCUGGUGGGGUGAAGGAACACCAAGAUUUUAUGGAUGUAAUGCUAUCCAUUGUCACUGAUGAUGAUGAGACUUCCAGUUAUGAUGUUGAUACAAUCGUCAAAGCUACAUGCCUGAACCUUAUCUUAGCGGCUUCAGACACAUCAACAAUAACAUUGACAUGGGCUCUCUCUUUACUUCUCAACAACCCUGAGACCUUAACAAAAGCUCAAGAAGAAUUAGACAUCCAUAUCGGUAGAGAAAGGCAAGUGAAAGAAUUAGAUAUGAAAAAUUUGGUAUAUCUCCAAGCUAUCCUCAAAGAAACAAUGCGUUUAUACCCUGCUGCACCACUCCUAGUGCCACACGAGUCAAUGGAAGACUGUACUUUGGUUGGUUACCACGUCCCUGCAGGUACACGACUUAUUGUUAAUCUUCCAAAACUCCAUCGAGACCCAAAUGUGUGGGUGGAUCCUAGUGAAUUUCGACCUGAAAGAUUUCUUACAACUCACAAGGAUGUUGAUGUUAGAGGCCAAAAUUUUGAAUUGAUACCAUUUGGUAGUGGUAGAAGAAUGUGCCCUGGGAUUUCAUUUGCCUUGCAAGUUACGCAACUCACACUUGCUACUUUGUUGCAUGCUUUUGAAAUUUCAAGCCCAUCAAAUGAACCUGUGGACAUGACAGAGAAAGGUGGAAUUACAAACCCGAAAGCUACCCCACUUGAUGUUUAUCUCACUCCUCGCCUUCAUGCUCAAGUUUAUGCAUAAUUUGACUAGGUAUAAUAAAAUAUGGUGUGGUACGAUAUGCAUAAUUUGACUAGGUAUCAUUUGAUAAAUUAAAAUAUGCAUGGUGUGGUGCAAUGAAUUGGUGUAUGCCAUUUCCAUGUAACCAUUCCAGAGGCAAACAUUAGAAAAGUAAAAGUCAUUUGAAAAAGUUAUCAUCUUAGUUAAUUUAGCUUUGUUUGAAAAUAAGUUCUGUAUUUGUCAAGUCAUAUUACGUGUGACUUGUAAUUUGCAUUUGUCUUGUGAGUUCUAUUUUUGGAGGUUGGAUCUUUUUUCUAAAAAUAAGUUUUUUUUUUUUAUU